AUGCUGGACGAUGGCUUCGAUGGCCCCAGCGGCAACAAGGGCCUGUUUACCAGCACCAACCCCGAGCUGCGCCGCGUGGUGCCGGACAAUGUGGCUGGCCGUGUGAAGGUGAAGGUGGUGUACACGGUGCUGGAGGCGCAGUACCAGUCGGCACUGUCCGCAGCUGUCAAGGCUAUCAACGCCAGCAACAAGACUGUGUGCUUUGAGAUCGUGGGCUACCUGCUGGAGGAGCUGCGCGACCCCGACAACUUUGCGUCCUUCAAGGAGGACCUGGCCAGCGCCAACGUCUUCAUCGGCUCCCUCAUCUUCAUCGAGGAGCUGGCCGAGAAGAUCGUGGAGGCCGUGGCCCCCGUGCGCGAGAGGAUGGAUGCGUGCGUGAUCUUCCCCUCCAUGCCCGCCGUGAUGAAGCUCAACAAGCUGGGCACCUUCAGCAUGGCGCAGCUGGGGCAGAGCAAGAGCAUGAUCGGGGAGUUCAUCAAGUCUGCGCGCAAGAACAACGACAACUUUGAGGAGGGCCUCCUCAAGCUGGUGCGCACCCUGCCCAAGGUGCUCAAGUACCUGCCCAGCGACAAGGCCCAGGACGCGCGCAACUUCGUGCAGUCGCUGCAGGCGUGA